CCCGCUGAAUAACACAGAGCUUCAGAGAAGCAGGAAGUGCUGGUGGAUCAUCAUCCGAACCACAUGCUGCUGAAACACACAAACACAGCCCACAACAUUUUAUUUUGCGCCGAUGAGGAUUUUUUGAUGAACUGCUGAGGCGAGCAGCCGAAACUUGCAAUCUACACAUCGCGUGGACGCGUCUGGGCAAACAAGAGCAUGGGCCAGCAUCUUGGAAAACGUGAACCACUUUCUGUUUCCAAGGGAUCCUCCACAGUAUCUGAUCACAUGUCAGCCGCCUCGCCGGAGGCUCAAGAUGAGGUGUUUGGAGAGGGGGAGGCGGACCUCAACCAGAACAAUGGCUGCUCCAGCAAGAGUCCAGCGGUGACCGACUCCAUGAACGCCGCAGUAGAUCACAGCAGCUGGAAGCAGCCGAGCACGGCCGACCCCGACGCCUCGGAGCCCCGCCCACACUUGGUCCGCCUCUUUUCUCGAGAUGCCCCGGGCCGCGAGGACAACACCUUCAAGGACCGCCCCUCGGAGUCGGACGAGCUGCAGACCAUCCAGGAGCACGGCGGCAGCGGCGGCUCAGAGUGCGGCUCGGAUUGUGCGGAGCAGGACCUCGAGUAGAUCUCCUCCUCGCCUACUCUUCCUCACUCACCUCAGCAAACACUCGCUAUGGCGUCCGCAAGCUCUUCCCAGUCAACCUUCAGGCUGGGCCGCAGCAAGAAGAGCCCUACCGUCAUGGAUCAGAUCGGAAAGUUCUUCGGAGGGGAUAAAAAGAAGAAGGGAAAGGUGAGGAUUGAGCAGACUUCAACUUGUCCACAUGAGCCUUUACUACUGUUCUGCUUGCUUGAGUUUAUCUUGACCUGCAGUUAUUGUUCGAUUAGCACCAGUAAACCAAUUGCUUUUUCUUUUUUAAUUGACUUUCGACGUGUAUCUUAAAGUGUAUCGCGCGCACCAAACCUGCUGUAUAUCCAGUAUUGAAUUAAGCUGCAGUUUGGUAUGUUAUGGGAUUUUACUGUGAUUCAGGGAUUCGACAUACAGCGUGAGAAUUAUGUUUAUAAACGUGAGCUUUUAUAAGAUUUUCAGAUGCCUGUACAGAACAAAAUCUAGUGUUUUUACAGCUCUUCACUGAUAGCAAAUGACACGAGUGAAAAGUUCAGCAAAUCUCGUACAGUACACGUGGGAUCUCUUUUCAUACAGUAUAUGCGACUGACUGGUGAAUAUCACGUGUUUUAGAAUCCAGUCAUCUUGUAAGGAAGCGCCUCAGGGUUUUUCACGGUACGGAUGGAGGCUUGGUUUCUAAAAUGUAUUUGCAAUGUUUUGAAAAUUGAUUAUCUUUAAUAUUAUUGCGUGUGUAAUUAUGCAAUUUCUAGAGCCUUACAUUUUAAGACAAAAAAGAGGGAGCUGAAUAUUUUUUCCUUCUAAAACAUAUUUCCUUCUAAGAUAUUUAAUUGAAAUUAGACCUCUGUGAUGUGUUGUGACCUUAUUUUUAAAGUGCCAAAUGAUGGUUAAAGCUGAUGUAACAGAAUUACUGACAUUGAUCACAGCUCAUGUGUUUGUGGAGCGAGACUGAGAUUGUGAUGGUUCCAGCUGUGUAAUAGUUUGUCUGUUGAUGUCUCAAACACGCCUCAGGGGAGCUCGUCUCGUCUCUCUCUGUGUAACAGUGUGAUCUUUAAGUGUUAAUGCCGCACUAUUAACCCCUACGGAGUGUGUUUCGUUUGUAACAAGAGCUUGUGUAACCUACCUAUUCCCCAACAACCCUGACACUGUUCCCUCGCCUGAUCCUGUCUUGAGCUUUUUCACAUUUGCUUGAUUAAAAUGAAUCUAACAACAUGAA